GCUGGCACGCCGGACGCCGUUUGCUUCAGUUGCAGAGAUCCAGCAGUUCGAUCGAGACUUACUGGCGGCUGAGGCGAGCGUGCGAGAAGAUCACCGGAUCGAUUUCACAGCGAAUAGUAUCAAGAAUCCCCGUAGCUUGGCUGGCUAUCGUAAUCCACCCGACGCAGAUCUCUGGCGCGGUCAACAGAUCUUCUAUGUGGCUCUCUGGCAUAUCCGCUCCAAGAUUCAUCGCGGCCUAUUGUUUACGAGCAAGGUUUUGAGCCCGGAUCUCAAGGAUCAAUUCAAUCUUCGUGUCCACCAAGAUAUCGUCAAGGAUUCAUCUUUGCUUUUACUUGAGUUUUACCGAUACCUCCAGCUUCCUACCGCAUUUAUAUCUGCGAUCGUUGGGGCUGCUCUCACCCUUUGCCUACAGCUAGCUGAGGACCCAACUGAUUCUCAAUCGAACCGAAUUAAGGCACAUGUACAGGUUGUACUUCACCGUCUGGAACGUAUUCAAUCUCCCAUCAUUGUGAGAUCAAGACAUGUGCUACAGUACAUUAUGUCGACCAGUAACACUAUGCCCGAAAACUCCGUACCAAUUCAUGACCUUCAAGUCGAAGGCUUCCAGGAACGCCUAUGGACCACUCCCGAAUGCUUACCAACUACCAAGGCAACCGGAACAUCUUCAGAUACUGCCAGGCUACUCUCUCGAAAAGAACAUUUAGGGGAACCAUCUACAAGAUCACUGGGCCCAAGCUCGAAUACCAACUCUGAAAGCAUAUCUCAAGUCCUCAAGGCAUCGACUUUCCGUUGCGGAACUUUAUCACCUGGGACAAGUCAUGGCCCAUCCUCUCAAGUCACCCAUAGUAAUGACCAGCUUAAAACCUCGACGAAGGCCUCGAAUAUCGAUGGAUUCUCGUGCGCACCUUUGAGUACACGAUUGGACACCAAUACAAAUCCCGAACUACUGUCUCUUUUGCUAUUCGGACAGUCCGAUCUAGCGCCUGUGCAACCAUCUGUGACAUCUUGUUCUUUCGGCGGGUCCAAGCAGGACUCGACUCUAGGCCUAAGUCAAGCUGAUAUCGACUCAAUAGUACAAUUUGCCGAAGGUGAUUUCCAAGGAUCGGGGGCAGGAGUCAUCUCCUCCCAAGCUGCUCCUCCCCUUGCGCUUCCAGUAGGUUUUAGUGGUAUCCAAACCCAAAACAAUCUCAAUGAUUUCACUGGUUCAGAAGGACAGAUUCCCGAAACCUUUUCGUCUUCAUAUCCUCAACAACCAAUUGCGAAACGCCCAUUGAUGUCUAAUCAAAGCACCUCAAUAUCAAGUGAUACGUUUGACCCUGGGACUGCUCUAAACUCCAUCAACGUGCCCGAAAUCGCAAGAAAUCCUGAUGACGCGAUGGAUAUGCAAACCUUUUUGAGCGAAUUCAUAGAUCCCAAAUUUCUGUCAGAGCUGUUACAAAGACGAGAUCUUCCGGGGCACGAAUCGUCCUCGUCAAUUGCUCAACCGACUUCAACUUCCUCCGAGCAGAGACAACAUCCUUUGAACUCUCCUACUCUUUCCUACGCCACUCCUGGUCAGAUUAAUAAUCCAGAUAAAUCGCUACUCGAACAUCAAAACGCAACUAGAAUCAACUUUGGCGAACUUGGAGAUCCAGCCGUGUCAUUGACUAAAGCCCUCGACGAGCGAGCCUUCUUUAGCCAUUGCAUCCCGUUGAACGAUGAUCAAUUAUCCACGUCAAAUUUGCUAGGCAUUUUUAACGGGUCUGAAACUCAAAAAUCGGGUGCGAAUCUAUCAUCCAUACCGCAACCGCUCAGUUCCAUGGUCUCUCUCACCAGCUCAGGCUCAGCCUCACACGCGGAUUGGGAUCAACUAGUACCGUCGGACUUGAUCAAUUCAGCCGCUCAAGACUCGAGUCAUUGGAUUGACGACCAAGCGAUGUGGUCAAGAAGUCCGAACACAAAUGAUAACAUCUCUUCUUUAGAUGCGUUGAAUACUUUUGAUCAGGCAUAUCAAGGUCCACUUCAAAAUCAUGGCCAAUUUGUGGAUUGGGGUCCAGUGAGAUCGUAGAUGCUGCCAGUACAGUCACAAUUCAAGGACGAUAUAUAACGUAUAUGUCAGUUUGGUUCCAUUAUUGACCUUUAAGCAAAAGAACUAAGCUGGAAUGUUUCCCGCUACAAAAGGAGGAGGUGAUAUUAUUACAUAUUUGAAUUAUAAUUUAAUGAAAGGCCCGAUUGAUACAAAUAUGGUCAAAUGUUUAUAUGCUUCAGGUUCUGUGUGUAGACUUGAAAUCCCAAAGUUGAGAACCUGACUUACAUGUAACAGUACAUGCUAACUUUGUGUUUUGAAAGCUGUUGUGGAUUUCAGACUGUCUGGGCUAUAAUGUAUUUUUGCUUCAUCGAAAGAUUUUGCCAAGAGAGUCAAGU